UACAGAUGGAUCCAGUGGAAAAGACAACAAACAGAAGUGAACAAAAAUCCAGAAAGUUUCUGAAAAGCCUCAUCCGGAAGCAGCCGCAGGAGCUGCUGCUGGUCAUCGGGACGGGCGUCAGCGCCGCCGUGGCCCCGGGGAUCCCCGCCCUCUGCUCAUGGAGGGGGUGCAUCGAGGCGGUCAUCGAGGCCGCUGAGCAGCUGGAGGUCCUUCACCCGGGGGACGUGGCGGAGUUCCGCCGGAAGGUGACGAAGGACCGGGACUUGCUGGUGGUCGCGCAUGAUCUGAUCCGGAAGAUGUCCCCUCGUACGGGUGACACCAAGCCCAACUUCUUCCAGGACUGCCUGAUGGAGAUUUUCGACAACCUGGAGCAGCACAUCCAGAACCCGCUGGUGCUGCAGUCCAUCCUCAGCCUGAUGGAGAGGGGCACCAUGGUGCUGACCACCAACUACGACAACCUGCUGGAGCUCUUCGGGCAGCAGCAGAGCAAGCCCAUGGAGUCUCUGGACCUGAAGGACAAGACGAAGGUCCUUCAGUGGGCGAGAGGGCACAUCAAGUAUGGCGUUCUUCAUAUUCACGGCUUGUACACAGACCCCUGCGGGCUGGUCCUGGACCCGUCGGGGUAUAAAGAUGUCACGCAGGACCCAGAAGUAAUGGAAGUCCUCCAGAACUUGUACCGCACCAAGUCCUUCCUGUUUGUGGGCUGUGGAGAGACCCUUCGUGACCAGAUCUUCCAGGCCCUCUUCCUGUACUCGGUGCCCAACAAGGUGGAGCUGGAGCACUACAUGGUCGUGCUCAAGGAGAAUGAAGACCAUUUCUUUAAGCACCAAGCAGACAUGCUUUUGCAUGGGAUUAAAGUCGUGUCCUAUGGGGACUGUUUUGACUACUUUCCUGGCUACGUGCAGGACCUUGCCACUCAGAUCUGCAGGCAGCGCAGUCCAGAUGCUGACCGAGUGGACAGCACCACACUGUUGGGGAAUGCGUGUCAGGACUGCGCCAAGAGGAAGCUGGAGGAGAACGGAAUGGAAGUCUCCAAACGGCCCCGCCGGUUGGACGCGGAUGAUGCUGGAGGGUCUUGAAAUCUUUAAAACCAAUAAAAUCUGCAACUUGAAAACCAGCCUUCUGUAACCACAGUGCCAUAACCCAAACGAUGAGGAAUGUUCGGAGAACUCUGUGGGGGAACUCUCCCGCUGACCCCUCCCGCACCCUGAAGAGCCGUGGGGCUGUGCGGCCUCGGAGGCUGCGUGCGAGUCCCACUGUGGGGUGUGACUGCUCGGGAGGUGAGGCGCACCCGUCAGGUGGCCGCUGUGCGGCCGGCGGCCAGCUACCUCAGGGACCACAGGCGGCGGGAAGGGGUCCCGGGCUCCGGGCUCCCGCGCCACACGCCCCCUUUGUCAGGGUGGUUUUUCUAAUAAGAAGGGGAGGGUGAGGACUGUCCAAGCAACAGUAGUUGCCAAAGAGGGGAAAAAAAAAAAAAAA